AUGGCUUCGACGUCGGGAGCAGACGAGGGCGGCCGGAGGAAGCCGAGGCUGGCGGCCUCGCUGCAGAUCAGCCCCGGACCCUGGAGACCCCCGGCCGGCCAGGAAGCUUGGGGACCCUCGGCCGAGUCCGGGGGUGCGGAGGACAGAUCCAGGGAUGGGCAGCCGCGGGCCCCGGAGGCCGGGGAUGGAGCCGCAGGGGUCGGGCAGCCCUGGCCAGCCAAGGUGCUAGGAGACCUCGGGGAGGCCGUCGAGGCCCCAAGGGGCCGGGUGCUGCAGGCAAGGUACUUCCCGAUGGCUGCCGGCGGGCUGAGCCUGCUGCUCAGAGACCCGCCGCCCGCCCAGGCCGUGUCCCUGCUCACCCAGUGCGUGGCCAACCUGGGAAUCUCUUUGACCUUUCUGGAGGACCAGACUGCAGGUCCAGGCUCCUCCUUCUCUGUGUGUGCAGAACUGGAUGGGUUGGUCUGCCCUGCUGGAACAGGGAGGACCAAGACGGAGGCCAGACAGCAGGCGGCGCUCUCCGCCCUGGACCACAUUCGGAAGCAGCUGGAGAGCUCAGAGCCCCCUGGGACCCCCUGCCAGCCUCCGCUCACCUACCUGAGUGAAGAGAAUAUCGUGACCCACGAGCAGCGCUGUGCAGCCGUGGUCAGCGCCGGCUUCGACCGCCUGCUGAACAAGAGCUCACCAUACUGGGCCUGUAAAGGAACAGUGGCCGCAGUCAUCCUGGAGAGGGAAGUCCAAGGCAGCAUCGGCCACUCCAGGGAGACCUACCAGCUAGUGGCCCUGGGCACAGGCAGCAGCAGCUGUGCCAGCUGGCUGGAGUUCUCUGGCCGACAGCUCCAUGACUGCCACGGUCUGGUCAUUGCCCGCAGGGCCCUGCUGAGGUUCUUCUUUCGUCAGCUCCUGCUAGCCACAAAGGGGGGUCCCAAGGGCAAGGAGCGGUCAGUGCUGGCUCCCCAGCCUAGGCCUGGGCCCCCCUUCACCCUCAAGCCUGGGGUCUUCCUGCACCUGUAUGUGAGCAACACCCCCAAGGGAGCAGCCCAUGAUAUCUACCUCCCGCUGGCCUCAGAAGACAGUGUCCUGCACAACCCAGCCUUCCGCCUCCAGGCACAUGUGUGUGGGCAGCUGAAGCCCGUAUCCUAUGUGGCACCUGCACUCCGUGAUACUCAUGUGGGCUGCCUCUCAGCCAGUGACAAGCUGGCACGCUGGACUGUGCUGGGACUGGGUGGUGCACUGCUGGCCCACUUCCUCCCACCACUCUAUGCCACCAGCCUUGUCCUGGCUGACCCCUGCCAUGACCCCCCAACUCUGAAAAGGGCCAUCCACUCCCGGCCCAGACUAGAGAGUGUCUUGGGGUCAGGUCUGCCAUGUCCCUAUGUCCGUACCACCUUGCACCUGUUUGCUGGUCCCCUGGUGGCCCCCUCAGACCCCACACCCAGCAGUUACCAUGGCCUGAGCCUAAACUGGAGCCUGGGGGAUCCUGACAUUGAAGUUGUGGAUGUGGCCACCGGGCGCGUGAAGACUGACACCAGCCCUGGACCCCCCUCCCGCCUCUGUAAGGCGGCCUUUCUGGCAGCCUUCCGCCAGGUUGCCAGAGCCCUGGAGAAGCCCCACCUCCUGGCCUUGAAGACCUAUGAGGCUGCCAAGGCAGGGCCCUACAGGGAUGCUCGCCAGCAGCUCUCUCUCCUCCUGGACCAGCAGGGCCUGGGAGCCUGGCCCUCGAAGCCACUGGUGGGCAAAUUCAGACACUGAUCCAGACCUCACGGACCAAGGUCCCUAGCAGAGUUGGGCCUCCACAGUGGGAGGACUCACUGGGGGCAGAGCAAGGUGGGGGCAGGGAGCAUGGUGGGAGCAG